GCCACUCCCUGUCUGCGGACCCGGCGCUCGAGAGGGCCACGUGACCCUCCGGGGGCCAGUCACGUGAGGCGUGGAUCCUGGGUGGGAGGGGGGUUGGCCUAGGGGGUCCGGAGUGCCAGGAAAGGAAGAAGAUGGCGGGGUGCAGGGGGUCUAUGUGCUGCUGCUGCAGGUGGUGCUGCUGCUGCGGUGAACGCGAGAGCCGCACCCCCGAGGAGCUGACCAUCCUUGGGGAGACACAGGAAGAGGAGGAUGAGAUCCUUCCAAGGAAAGACUAUGAGAGCCUGGACUAUGACCGCUGCAUCAAUGACCCUUACCUGGAAGUGUUGGAGACAAUGGAUAAUAAGAAAGGGCGAAGAUACGAGGCGGUGAAGUGGAUGGUGGUGUUCGCCAUUGGCGUCUGCACUGGGCUGGUGGGUCUCUUGGUGGACUUCUCUGUGCGACUCUUCACCCAACUCAAGUUUGGAGUGGUUCAAACAUCGGUGGAGGAAUGCAGUCAGAAAGGCUGCCUCGCCCUGUCCCUCCUUGAACUCCUGGGUUUUAACUUGACCUUCGUCUUCCUGGCAAGCCUUCUCGUCUUGAUAGAGCCAGUGGCAGCAGGUUCAGGGAUCCCCGAAAUCAAGUGCUAUCUGAAUGGUGUGAAGGUGCCUGGAAUUGUCCGCCUCCGGACCCUGCUCUGCAAAGUCUUUGGGGUGCUGUUCAGUGUGUCUGGAGGGCUCUUUGUGGGGAAAGAAGGCCCCAUGAUCCACAGUGGUGCCGUGGUAGGAGCUGGCCUCCCUCAGUUUCAGAGCAUCUCUUUGCGGAAGAUCCAGUUUAACUUCCCCUACUUCCGAAGUGACAGAGACAAGCGGGACUUUGUAUCAGCGGGGGCAGCUGCUGGAGUUGCUGCGGCUUUUGGGGCCCCUAUAGGGGGUACCCUGUUCAGCCUGGAGGAGGGCUCAUCCUUCUGGAACCAGGGGCUCACAUGGAAAGUGCUCUUCUGUUCCAUGUCUGCCACCUUCACCCUCAACUUCUUCCGUUCUGGGAUUCAGUUUGGAAGUUGGGGCUCCUUCCAGCUGCCUGGGUUGUUGAACUUCGGCGAAUUUAAGUGCUCUGACUCUGAUAAAAAAUGUCAUCUCUGGACAGCUGUGGAUUUGGGUUUCUUCGUCGUGAUGGGGGUCAUUGGGGGUCUCCUGGGAGCCACAUUCAACUGUCUGAACAAGAGGCUUGCAAAGUACCGUAUGCGCAACGUGCACCCGAAACCUAAGCUCGUCAGAGUCUUGGAGAGUCUCUUGGUGUCCCUGGUGACCACUGUGGUGGUGUUUGUGGCCUCCAUGGUGUUAGGAGAAUGCCGACAGAUGUCCUCUGCGAGUCAAACCGGUAAUGGCUCGUUCCAGCUCCAGGGCACAUCCGAAGAUGUGAAUUCAUCUAUCAAGAAUUUUUUCUGUCCCAAUGACACCUACAAUGACAUGGCCACACUCUUCUUCAACUCCCAGGAGUCUGCCAUCCUACAGCUCUUCCAUCAGGAUGGAACUUUCAGCCCCAUCACCUUGGCCUUAUUCUUCAUCCUCUAUUUCCUGCUCGCAUGCUGGACUUUUGGCACUUCUGUCCCCAGCGGCCUCUUCGUGCCUUCCCUGCUGUGUGGAGCAGCUUUUGGACGUUUAGUUGCCAAUGUCCUGAAAAGCUACAUUGGCCUGGGCCACAUCUAUUCUGGGACCUUCGCCCUGAUUGGCGCGGCAGCUUUCCUGGGUGGCGUUGUGAGGAUGACUAUCAGCCUGACUGUCAUCCUGAUUGAGUCUACCAAUGAGAUCACCUACGGGCUUCCCAUUAUGAUCACUCUGAUGGUGGCCAAGUGGACAGGAGACUUCUUCAAUAAGGGCAUUUACGACAUUCACAUUGGCCUGCGAGGUGUGCCUCUUUUGGAGUGGGAGACGGAGGUGGAAAUGGACAAACUGAGGGCCAGUGACAUCAUGGAGCCCAACCUGACGUACGUCUAUCCGCACACUCGCAUCCAGUCUCUGGUGAGCAUCCUGCGAACCACGGUCCACCAUGCCUUCCCAGUGGUCACAGAGAACCGGGGCAAUGAGAAGGAGUUCAUGAAAGGCAACCAGCUCAUCAGCAACAACAUUAAGUUCAAGAAGUCCAGUAUCCUCACCCGUGCCGGUGAGCAGCGCAAGCGGGGCCAGUCCAUGAAGUCUUACCCUUCCAGUGAGCUGCGCAACGUGUGUGACGAGCACGUGGCUUCCGAGGAGCCAGCCGAGAAGGAGGACCUGCUACAGCAGAUGCUGGAGAGGAGAUACACUCCCUACCCCAACCUAUACCCUGACCAGUCCCCGAGUGAAGACUGGACCAUGGAGGAACGUUUCCGCCCGCUGACCUUCCACGGCCUCGUCCUGCGCUCUCAGCUUGUCACCUUGCUUGUCCGAGGAGUGUGCUAUUCCGAAAGUCAAUCCAGUGCCAGCCAGCCACGCCUUUCUUAUGCUGAGAUGGCCGAGGACUACCCUCGGUAUCCGGACAUUCAUGACCUGGACCUCACACUGCUGAACCCCCGGAUGAUCGUGGAUGUCACCCCAUAUAUGAAUCCUUCGCCGUUCACUGUCUCCCCCAACACCCAUGUUUCCCAAGUUUUUAACCUCUUCCGAACCAUGGGCCUGCGCCACUUGCCUGUGGUGAAUGCAGUAGGAGAGAUCGUGGGGAUCAUUACACGACACAACCUGACGUAUGAGUUCCUGCAGGCCCGGCUGCGGCAGCAUUACCAGACCCUCUGACAGUUGAGCCCAGCCACCACCAGCCCACUCUUCCAGAGAUGCCUCUGCAGGUGGCUUGCUCACUCGCUGGCCCCCACAGCCAGCACGAAGGCUGCCAGUCACCCACUUGCUCAGAUGCCUGGAGUCCUGGAAGACUGGAGUCAGAGGUUUUGGGGAUGUGUUGAGCAGGAAGUUGGGGUUGUACUAACUUCCCCAGCAAGAAUCUUCCAUUUCUCAUUCCCCGGACUCCCCCAGGCAGACAUCAGGGUGAAGUCAGGCUGGAUCCCUGGUGGACACUUGGUACCUCUCUGUUGUUGCUUCCCAGAGAGCCCAGCUAUUACCCAGACAAGACCCUUCUGGGAAGGGCUUGGGCUGAGGCAAACAUUGGGGAUGUUAUUUGCAUAUCAUGUUCAUUACUAAGUUCAGGAAUUGGGCAUUGAGAGCUGUUCCUUAUGUUUGGGGAGGCCUGGGAUCAAAACCAAGAGCUUAGAUCCACUAGAGCUGUCUGCCUCUUCAUUGGCCCGGCUUUCUUCUCGUUCUGUUUGCUAGGAGGAGCACAGGCCCUCAACCCUGUGGCUUGAAUCUCCUUAGAAUCAUUCUGACCAGGCCCUUGAAGCACUGAAACCCCAGUUAACAGCCUUUGAGCCACUAACUCCAUCCUAGGGGACCACACCUUCUCCCUUCACUGUGAGCGUUCAGUAGCCCCCACUCACUAGUCAGGCCUGCUCUCCCAGCAACACAUGCUCUUCCUAUGCUCAGUUCCUUCCUCCCCACAACUGCUCGACUUUCUAAGCCUUUAUCUGUCUUUCUGGUGGGGUAGCCACAGCUUCAUCUUGGACACAUUCCCAAAGUUAACCAAAACUGAGGGACCCCUAGACAGAACCACUACCCAGAGCCCUAGCAAAUUGGGGACCACCGUACAAGCUGGCAAACAAGAUGUCGUGAGCCCUGGCCAGUCAAAGGUACAACCGUGGGAGAAAGCCAGUGGCUGCUCUCUCGGUCACUGCUCGCACCCUGCUUCCAUGCAGCUCCCCGCUCGCCCUCUUACUGAGGACGUGGAGGGGAACCUGUGCAGCUGCUGGUCUCAGGCCGGGGGGUGGGGGGGGAAUUUCUUGCCCUGUGCCUCACUACAUUUUAACUGGCUUCAUUCUCUCUUGGUCCUCUGUGAAUUAGCUCCUCCGUGAACACCUGGAUAGAGACACUUGCACUCAUCUUCCUGCAGCCUAGGGCCCUUGCGGUAGCUGUCCUUUGGGUACCGGGUGGCAUUCAUUUGCAUUAAAUGCUUUUUAAAUCAUAGAAGUUGCUGCUGGGCAUCUGUGCCAGGGCCUGACUUCUAGGAGGAGGCUACCAGGUCUGGCAGAGUCACCUACUCAGCACUUGGGAAAUUCUUCCACAGCCUCUGUUGGGGGCUACCUUAGAUCUUUGCAGCUGACAGCAACUCUGGCCCUCUGUUUCCUCCAUUUGCUUAUCUUUUUAUCAGAAUGAGCUUAACUCACUGUUUUCAGCUUCUGAAAGGUAGGCAUGGGGUUGCAACUCCCAACAAGUACUUAGGAAAAUAGUUCAGCAGGAUUGUGUUUGGCCAGCCGAUGGCUUCAUUUUAUGGCUGACUCCAGUGCCUGCCCUGCUGUAUGCUCCAUCAAGAAGGAAACCGGUUGCCCACACCAAGAGCAAAGCAUGACACCACAGAAUCACCUUCCUAGCCUGGUGGGUUCUCGGAAUAGCAGCCUGCAGAGGACCUCAGUCCACAGCUUCCUGCCUCACAGCCAGCCUUGGUGACCUGUGGCAGUUUGUCCAUCCUGCGUGUGUGUGUUUGAGUCAUCAUCAAUUUAGCCCAGAAUAGACAGGGUCCAGAUAUUUCCACCCUGGAGGCCUGAGCCCAGGCCCCUCUAGGACACUCAGUUUCCUGUUUCUCCCCCCCCCCCCCCCCGCCCCCAACCUGCCUUUCCAGAAAAGCCCAAAGACAACCGCUUUUCCACUUGUGAACUAUGACUGUAAGCCUUGGACCCCUCCUCCCAUGGCCAUCCCGUGGAACCAGUGGCUCAGUCUCUCACCUGCCACAGCACCUUGUCAAACACAGCUCCAUGGAGGGACACUGAGGUGGCUUGAGGCAGUUUUCCUGGCUUCUGCACUUGGUCGUUUGUGUGUCUCCCUGGUACUGCUGUGGGAGUUUGGCAUUUUAUGAGAUGGCUGCCUGUGACCUUGUUCAGCAAUUCCAGCUGGAACGGACAUUAGCUUGACUCAGCCAGUCGUCUGACAGUUUGAUGCAGACCUUGGUGACAAGAAGGCUCUGGAAAGGCCAGCACAGCCCUCCUGGCCCAGCAGUGUUGACAUGUGGUGUUGCCCUCGGCUCCCGUGGACCUCAGUGAUUCUCCAGCUGCAGCUUCCGCCUUUCCAUUUGCAUUCUUUGUUUAUAUGGUAACAGUAGCUGAUCCCACUGUGUAGAUAAAUGUUAUCUUUUUUAAUUUGUAAAGGUCUAUUUUUAUUUGGCCCUUUGGAAGGUGGAAGGAAGUUCUUGUAACUCUUAAAAAGUCAAAAUAAAAUGUCUUCACCUUCUCUGUA